CCACUCCAGAGAGGUCGCAAAGUUAAUCAUCCACCUCCGUCAGAGUCAGAGAGCAUGUGGUGCACUACCCCAGUCUUCACUCCAGUGUUAAUUACUGAUCACAGCAUAGCAGUCUUUCUUCUUCCUCCUCUCGCCGUCUCCGGCAAGCCGACCCACCCUCUCACGCGCGCACGCUGCCGCAUUUAGUUAAGCAGCAGCUCAUGCUCAUGCUCCGUCCCUCUCCCCUUUUCCUUUCCUUUCCGGACAAGAGAUCCAAGGCAACGCACCAGCUUCUCCCUCCCCUGCCUUGUCCGUUUCUUUUCUUUUACAGCUAGCUCCCUCCCUCAGCUCACUGCCCCUCCCAUUAAUGCCGCCCACCCGCCAUUGCUGACCUCCCCUUCCUGCCUCCCUUCCUUCACGCGCCGAGCUCCACACUCCACGCCAUGAAGCCCCCCGGACCCCUCUCGCCGCGCCACCUCCUGCUCCUCCUCCUUCUCUACCAUCAACUCUUCCCCCUACCCGCCACCCUCGCCGCCACCGGCACCACAGCAACCGACGCCGACGCGCUGCUGGCCCUCAAGUCCGCGCUGGACGCCUCCAACCGCCUCCCAUGGCACCCCUCCACGGCCCGCACCCUCUGCACCGCCUGGCCGGGCGUGCGCCAGUGCGACCCCGCCGGCCGCGUCACCAAGCUGGUCCUCGAGAACCUCAACCUCACCGGCACCCUCACCGCCGCCCUCCUCGCCCCGCUCUCCCAACUCCGCGUGCUCAGCCUCAAGGCCAACGCGCUCUCCGGCCCCGUGCCCGACGGGCUCGCCGCGGCCCUUCCCAACCUCAAGCUGCUCUACCUCGCGUCCAACGCGCUCUCCGGCCCGCUCCCCGCCAGCCUCGCGCUGCUCCACCGCGCCACCGUCCUCGUGCUCUCCGGCAACCGCCUCUCCGGCCGGAUCCCGCGGGAGCUCGCGGGCGUGCCGAGGCUGACAUCGCUGCUGCUGGACGGGAACCUGCUGACGGGGCCGGUGCCCGCGCUCCCGCAGAGCACGCUCCGGGCGCUCGACGUCUCGGGCAACCGGCUCUCGGGGCAGAUCCCGGGCGUGCUCGCAAGGCGGUUCAACGCGUCGGCGUUCGCGGGCAAUGGCGGGCUCUGCGGGGCGCCGCUCGCCGUGCCCUGCGUCGUGGCGGCGGCUCCCGGGCUCAUGUCGCUCUCCCCCGCCACGGCCGCGUUCGCGCCGCUCCCUCCCCCCGGCGGGUCCGGCGGCAGCAGCGGCCGCCGCAGGAAGGCCGCGAUAAUCGCCGGGUCGACGGUGGCGGGGGCGGUGGUGCUUGCUCUCCUGGUCGCGGCGGCCGUCAUGGCAUCGCGGCGCGGGCGCGGCAGGAACAAGCGGGUGGCCGGCGACGUGGACAAGGGCGGCCUCGGCACGCCGGAGGAGCAGGCCGAGGAGGACGCGCAGCACCAGCACCACCAGCAGCAGCGCUCGGGCAACGCAGCACUGCCGCCGGCGACGAACGCGGCGGCGGCGGGCGGCCGGGAGUUCUCGUGGGAGCGGGAGGGGAUCGGGAAGCUGGUGUUCUGCGGGGGCGCGGCGGAGGCGUACAGCCUGGAGGAGCUGCUGCGGGCGUCGGCGGAGACGCUGGGGCGCGGGGAGGCCGGGAGCACGUACAAGGCGGUGAUGGAGACGGGGUUCAUCGUGACGGUGAAGCGGAUGCGGUGCGGCGACGCGGGGGGCGCCGGCGGGGUGGGCGGCGGGGCUCUGGAGUUCGGGCGGCGGGCGGAGGAGCUCGGACGGGUGCGGCACCCGAACGUGGUGGCGCUCCGGGCAUACUUCCAGGCCAAGGAGGAGCGGCUGCUGGUGUACGACUACUACCCCAACGGCAGCCUCUUCUCCCUCGUCCACGGGUCUCGGCCGUCGAGCAAGGGCAAGCCGCUGCACUGGACCUCCUGCAUGAAGAUCGCCGAGGACAUCGCCGCCGGCCUGCUGCACCUCCACUCCUCCGCGAUCGUGCACGGCAACCUCAAGCCCUCCAACGUCCUCCUCGGCCCCGACUUCGAGUCCUGCCUCACCGACUACGGCCUCGUCCCCGCCCUCCACGCCGCAGGCGCCGACGCAUCCUCCGCCUCCCUCCUCUACCGCGCCCCGGAGACCCGCUCCUCGUCCAUGGCCCACGUGUGCUUCACGGCGGCUUCGGACGUGUACAGCUUCGGCGUGCUGCUGCUGGAGCUGCUCACGGGCCGCGCGCCGUUCCCGGACCUCCUGGACCAGCGCGGCGGCGGCGGUGCCGACGAGGUGGCCGCCUGGGUGCGCGCCGCGCGCGAGGAGGAGAUGUCCACGGAGUCGGGCGGUGAGUCGGCCGCGUCCGGCGCCGCCGGCCCCGCCGAGGAGAAGCUGGGCGCGUUGGUGGGCGUGGCGGCGGCGUGCGUGGCCGCGGACACGGGCGCGCGGCCGGCCACGGCCGAGGUGCUCCGGAUGGUGCGGGAGGCGCGCGCCGAGGCCAUGUCGUCGUCCAACAGCAGCGACCGCUCGCCCGCGCGCUGGUCCGACGCCGUCAUCAUGGGCGCGCCGGGGCCGCCGACGGACUGACCACUCCGGUCUGGUUAGCAUCUCCAGUGAUUGAUCGAGCUGGUUACAUACAUUGAUUGAUUGGGAUGAGAUCCUCUCGAUCUCCAGUUAAGCUAGCUAGUAGAUAGGAUUUUAUUUGGUUUGUUUGAUCAGUUGUUGGAUCUGUAGAUCGCUAGCUUUGAUUUCGAAAUGCACCAUCGAUCAUCAUGUAGUUAAUUA